GUAAAAAGACAGUGCAAAACUUCCAGAAGCUAAGGAAAACAUUAACUCAGCUGUUUUGAAGUUUUUUUUGCAAAAAUAAUAUUAUUUCAAGAGAUAUUCCUGAAAAUAUCCAAUGAACGCCCUAUUGAGACCAUUCUUAAGCUUGGCCACUCAAAGAAUUGCAGAAUCCCCUGCUCUAGCAACAGUGAUAUUAAAAUGCAGGACCCAUUCACAAUGUCAAAUUCAGGAACUUCCCGGAAAAAGAGAAUUUCCACGCACAAUGAAAAUGUCCGGCUGGCAAAUCCACUCCUACGGAGACCUGGAUGAAGUGCAAUUCAGUGACAAUAUCCGAAUUCCCCAAGUAAAACUGGGAACAGAAGUUAUGGUUCGAGUUAAAGCAGCUUCAAUAAAUCCCAUAGAUGUGGCCAUGAUUGGAGGAUAUGGAGCCACCCUUCUGAACAUGAUGCGGAAGAUGGACCUUGAGUUUCCACUUGUCGUUGGAAGAGACUUUGUCGGGGAAGUUGUUUACCGUGGAAUCGGGGCUCCCAAAUUUCCCCGAAUUGGAGACACAGUUUGGGGCGUGCUCCCUCCUUACAAACAAGGAUGUCACUCACAAUACAUUGUGAUUGAUUCAUCUUUGAUAAUGCCCAAGCCAAAAGCACUUGGGGAUCUCGAAGCGAGUGGCAUUUUGUACAGUGGUCUAACAGCAUGGUCGGGAUUGUUUCUAUCUGGAAACCUCGGAAAUCUGUGUGGAUUGUUGCGCGGGGCUUCGGCCAAUCGGAAGCGUGUCCUAAUCUUGGGGGCUUCUGGUGGUGUCGGAACGAUGGCUGUGCAAAUAGCUAAAAAUGAAGAUGCUCAAGUUUUUGUCACAGCCGCCGGAGACGCCUCAGAUAUGUUAUCAAAACUGGGAGCUGAUUGUGUCAUUGACUACAGAGAUGAGAAUUUUUUGCAAGGGAUCCACAGCAAUGGACCCUAUGACAUUAUACUCGAUUGUGCUGGAUAUGGACCGAAAUUUGCCUCGACGAUUGAAUGUAAUUUUGACAAUUAUGUAACAUUCAGUUCACCUCUGUUGAGGAAUAUGGACUCAUACGGACUAAUUAGUGGUACUGUUCGGAAUGCCAUAUCGCUAAUUGAGGACAAUAGUAGGAUUGUAUCACAAAAGAGCCGUGGAAUUGUUAAAUGGGGCUAUUUUGCGCCGCUUCGUCAGGGUAUGGAGUAUCUGAAGAAAUUGGCUGAACGAGAAAAGCUUAAAUGUAUUGUUGAUACUGUUUAUGGUUUCAAUGAUGCAAUAGAGGCUUAUCAAAGGGUAAAAGAUGGUCACAUGAGAGGAAAAAUUAUCUUAGAUUUAUCAUAGUUUAUUAUAAUGAUUUCUUUGCAAUAUAAAAAAAAUGUUUUUAGCAUAAAAAAAUCGA